UAACUCAUACGCGACGUUACACACACCCCCCCCAAAAGUAGAUCCAAUCUCGAAUACACUUGCACACAGAGAGAGCAUCCUUCCUCUAAAUUAUCAAUCCUCUUUUCCACUAAACCCUAACGACUUCAUCCUCACCGGCGGUACGGUACCAUUCCACUCAACUUAUCAGAUCUACUAAUGGUUUUGUGAUAGCCUGAUUGCACAAGUGGCUUAGCUUGAGCUACGUUUAAGAGAUCGGUAUUGUGUUCCUUAAGACCAAUGGCGAUGUCAUUGUUCUCGAGAGGGACGUGUGGGCUUCUUUUUACUUAUGUGAUAUUUGUCUCACAUUUUUGCAACGGGUUUUAUUUACCUGGAAGCUACAUGCACACGUAUUCAACACGCGAUGAAAUAUAUGCCAAAGUUAAUUCUUUAACGUCUAUCGAGACCGAGCUUCCUUUUAGCUACUACAGUCUACCAUACUGCACACCUCCCGGUGGAAUAAAGAAAAGUGCAGAGAAUCUCGGUGAACUACUUAUGGGUGACCAAAUUGACAACUCUCCUUAUCGUUUCCGAAUGAACAUCAACGAGUCUGUUUUCCUCUGCACGACACGCCCGUUAAGUGAACAUGAGGUUAAGCUUUUGAAACAGAGAACUCAUGACUUAUAUCAGGUUAAUAUGAUUUUAGACAAUUUGCCUGCUAUGAGAUUCGCGUAUCAGAACGGGCAUAAGGUUCAGUGGACCGGGUUCCCUAUCGGAUACUCACCUCCGAACGUCGAUGAUGUUUACAUUAUCAACCAUUUAAAGUUCAAAGUCUUCAUACACGAAUACGAAGGCACGGGUGUGCAGAUAUUGGGUACGGGAGAAGAGGGUAUGGGUGUAAUUUCGUCCGCUGAUGACGAGAAAAAGGCUUCGGGAUACGAGAUUGUCGGUUUUGAGGUUUCUCCGUGUAGUGUAAAAUACGACCCUGAAAAAAUGGCGAAACUUCAUCAAUACGAUGAGGUGUCACCCGUCAGCUGCCCACUUGAUUUAGAUAAAGCUCAAGUUAUAAGAGAACAAGAGAGAGUCUCGUUCACUUAUGAAGUCGAGUUUGUGAAAAGUGACACCAAAUGGCCGUCUCGUUGGGAUGCUUAUUUAAAAAUGGAAGGUGCGCGUGUCCACUGGUUUUCAAUCUUAAACUCGCUUAUGGUGAUCUUCUUUUUAGCCGGUAUCGUUUUCGUUAUCUUUUUAAGAACGGUGAGGCGGGAUCUGACGCGUUACGAAGAACUUGACAAAGAAUCACAAGCGCAAAUGAACGAAGAGUUAUCCGGAUGGAAACUCGUUGUCGGUGAUGUGUUUCGCGAACCGACUCACUCGAAACUGUUAUGCGUAAUGAUCGGAGACGGGGUUCAAAUCAUGGGAAUGGCAGUUGUCACUAUAAUCUUUGCGGCUUUAGGGUUCAUGUCACCGGCUUCACGAGGUAUGCUUCUAACCGGAAUGAUAAUCCUUUAUCUUUUCUUGGGAACCGGAGCCGGUUAUGCGGGUGUGUAUUUUUACCGAAUAAUCAAAGGUACAUCAGAAGGAUGGAGAUCGCUAUCGUGGUUGAUUGCUUGUUUCUUCCCAGGGAUUGUUUUCGUCAUUCUUACUAUUUUAAACUUCCUUCUUUGGGCAAACAAAAGCUCUGGUGCAAUUCCGCUUUCUUUAUACUUCAAACUUAUAUCGCUUUGGUUCUUCAUCUCGGUCCCGCUCACCCUCAUAGGCGGGUUCCUAGCGACCCGUGCGGAACCGUUACAAUACCCGGUUCGAACCAACCAGAUCGCUAGGGAGAUCCCGGCUAGAAAAUACCCGUCAUGGCUUCUAGUUCUCGGUGCAGGAACACUCCCGUUUGGAACACUGUUUAUCGAACUCUUUUUCAUCCUGUCUAGCAUCUGGCUCGGAAGAUUCUACUACGUGUUCGGGUUUUUGCUAGUGGUUCUUCUUUUGUUAGUCAUCGUUUGUGCUGAAGUUUCUGUGGUUCUUACUUACAUGCAUCUUUGUGUUGAGGACUGGCAAUGGUGGUGGAAAGCGUUUUAUGCGUCGGGUUCGGUUGCUCUUUACGUGUUCUUGUAUUCGAUAAACUAUUUGGUGUUUGAGUUGCAGAGUUUAAGCGGGCCGGUAUCUGCUAUACUAUAUAUGGGCUACUCGUUGAUCAUUGCGGUUGCUAUCAUGUUGUCUACGGGCACUAUCGGGUUUGUAACAUCUUUCUAUUUUGUUCACUAUCUUUUCUCGUCGGUUAAGAUCGAUUAAACGGGUCCUGGAAACUAGUUGUUAGCCAUUCGAAAUGCAAUGGUUCAUUGUUUAAUCUUUACAAAGAGUGAAUUGUUUGUUUUCUGCCCUUCUGUUACAUGUAUGUUUCAACAUUAAAAAGUAAUUCAGUUUAUAUAUCAUUGAUUUUUAUAUA